AUGGGCGUUCUGCCUCGGUCGGCCUUGGCGUUUUGCGACAGGCAUGUGGCGUACGCGAAGGACGAGGCUCUCGAGCCUGUAGAGAGUCUGUGCACGUUUCAAGACGGGAUGUCCGGGAUUCACGCGGAAGGCGCGAGCGUCGAGGGGGCGACGCCGCCUCUCUGGGCCAGUCAGGACGAGUCCCUCGACGUGCACUGCAAAACUGCAUCCGAUGGGGAAAAGCUGGCUGCGCAAGACUGGGUCGUUUUCCCCAACGCAGACAUGCUCCAGAACACGAGCGCCCUCGCAUCCCCCGCCCUGGCGGCGGAAGAGGGAAGACCCGGAGAGACACGCGGGUUCGCGCGCAGCGAAAAGCAAAGAAUCUGUUCGAUGCUGAGUUACCGGCGGCCGGAACUCCAGGCGGAAGGCCUGAGAAAAAACAAGAACGCCUCGUUGUUCCUCGACGGCUUGAAGCGAACAGGCAAACGGCUCUUUUCGCUCUCGCGAUGGCACUUGCUCGUUUUGCUUUGCUGCUACUCAGUCCUCAUCGGCCCAGUGUAUCUGAACUGGGCGCCGUUCCGCCAGCUUCUCUUUGACAACGGCGUGUAUUUCUGGACCUGUGCGCAGCAGCGCCUGCACGUCGGAAACCUCUUCACCCUUUGCACCGUCGCGGACUACGGGAUGUCGUUCUUCGGAGGCCUCGCGAUGGACGUGGGUGGGCCGAAACUGGCAUCCGUGGGAGGUUCUCUCUUGAUGACGCUGGGAUGGCUGCUCCUCGCGUUCUCGAGCGAAACGUUCCGUGCGUUCGAGCUCGGAAUGGUCCUCUUUGGCCUCGGCAUCGACAUGGCGUUCUACGGCACUCUCCCCGUCGGUUCGCUCUUCCCCGGGCACUGCAACACCGUCCGUGCGCUCCUGGUCGCGAUGCGGUCUGUCAGCUACAUGACGCCAGUCGUGCUGCAAAACGUCGCGACUUCCCUUCACAUUUCCUACCGAGGCAUCAUGGUCGGAUACGCCGUCGCCGCGUUGGCCCCGGCUCUCCUCAUCGCGGCGUUCGUCACCCCCUGGAGGCCGUGGGAAGGAGGCGGCGAGGGCGGCAAGGACGGCGAGGACGGCGGAGAAGAGGGGGAAAACGUGGGCCGCGAGGCGGCGCACCACGUCAGCCCCUCGGCUCUGCAGGUCUGCAGGCGUGCCAAGAGACAGUCUCGGCGGUUGUGCUGUCCGUGCUUUCCGUGGAAAACCGCGAAGCAGCACGAGCGCGAAACAACCUACGUCGACGGCGAAGGAUCGGCGCCCGCGAGGCCUCCCUCAAUUCUGAACAAGUGCAGCAAAAACGCGUGGGAAAGUCAAGGCGAGAAGGGGGAGAGUGAACAAACUUCGGCAAGCACGCCCGUGGUGACGGACCAGACAGAAGCGUCGCUGAAACACCCUUCCGUUUGCGACUCGUGGCCAGCAAUUCCAACUGACACGGGUUCGCUGUCGAUGAUCAGCCUUUCUUCUUCCCCCAAACACUUGAACGAGGACGGGCGAGUCGCCAGCAGCGCGCCGUGUCCCUCCGAGCCUUCUUCGCGCUGGGGGAACCUCCCGGAGCGGCAAGCCUCACUCUUUUCCGGCGAGGCAGAGCGAAGAGCCGCAAACGCUCCCGCGGAAGAGGCUCCGGGACAGCAUCCGGAGCGAGAACGUGGGCCGUCACUUUCGGCCGCUGGAGUGGGAAGCAGGAGCGAAGGGGUAAGCGAAGAAGCGAUUGCGGCGUACCUGGGCCAGCAGGGAGCGCCUGGACGGCGAGAGAAAGCCCAGCACGUGUACACCAGGGCGAUGGCCUUCGCGAAGAACUACCUCGUCUCCAGUCUCUACUUGCCGAUUGUGCCGUACUUUACCAUUACACUCAUUCGGGCAGUCUACUUCAACACAGCCUCCCACGACCUCGUUCCCCACGCGCUGACGUUCCUCCACAUUAUCAUCGGGUUCGUGUUCAUCUUUCCGCCGAUUGCGGGGUACAUCGCAGACCGAUAUGGGAUCCUUCUUUGCAUGACUCUCGUGAACUCGUGCGGGACACUGGUCAUCCUCCUCUCGCUCGUCACGCUCCUCCUACCCGGCCAGGCCGUGUGGCUCGAAUACGUCAUCGCCGUUCUCUUCAUGCAAAACAUGUCUCUCAUGACCAACCAGAUCUACUUCUACGUCGGCGCCACGUUUCCUCAGCGACACCUGGGGAAACUGAUUGGGUUCACCUGCACCGUAGGCGGUCUCCUGUCCCUCCUUGCCGCGCCCAUGUUCGACUACUCCGUGAAAUCUGGAGAACACGGCUUCCUGGGCAUGCUCACGCUCCUCGCCGCGCUGUCUGGGGUCACGUACCUGCUUCUUCUGGUUCUCCACGUCAUGAAAAGGCGCGCGCUGAAAAGGAAAACCGAAACAGCGGUGCCUUGCACUGCUGUCGUCACCCUGUAG